CAAGAGUCUCAGCUGAACGAGAGUGCCUCGACCCAGAUUCAACAUGGGGUGCUUCACAUUUGUCAAAGUAAUGAUGAUUUUGUUCAACAUGUUUAUCUUUCUGGCUGGACUCACCCUCAUGGGCGUGGGCAUCUGGGUGAGUGUGGACGGCAGCUCCUUCCUGAAGGUCCUGGGCCCGUUCUCGGGCAACGCCAUGCAGUUUGUCAAUGUAGGCUUCUUCUGCAUUGCCAUCGGGGCCGUACUGGUGCUGCUGGGCUUCAUGGGCUGCUACGGGGCUCACAAGGAGAGCAGGUGUCUCCUCAUCAUGUUCUUCGCCAUCAUCCUGAUCAUUUUCAUCGCCGAGGUGGCAGCUGGAGUGGUGGCCCUGGCGUACUCGUCGUUUGCGGAGGGCAUUCUCAAAGCCUGGGCAACCACAGCCUUAAAAGAAGAGUAUGGCAAAGUGGAAGUUGUCACAAAGAUAUGGAACACCACCAUGACUGAACUUAAAUGCUGUGGUUUUACCAACUACACGGACUUCCAUGACUCCUACUACUAUAACCACAACGCCCAGAACUACCCACCAGCCUGCUGCACCAUCUCCAGCUCCAACCCCUGCAGCAACACAACUGCGAAAUACAGUGCAAUUCAGGGCUGCUUUGAACAACUGCUGACGAUCCUUAAGAAGAAUGCCAAUAUUGUUGGAGGAAUUGCCGCAGGUAUCUGUGGAGUGGAGGUGGCUGCUAUGGUUGUGUCCAUGUACUUAUACUGCUACCUGGACAAACAUGCCAGAUGAACGACUGUAUUUCAUGAACUAUAAAGUAUGGCUGUGUCUAUGUGUGUGUGUGUGUGUGUGUGUGUGUGUGUGUGUGUGACGCAUGCACACAAACAUGAGUUUCUACUGGCUGGUCUACAUAAAACAGAAUAACAGAGACAUUUAUAAGGAAAUAUUAACAUUAUGUAAAUAGUUUGAAAAAGUAAUAAAUUGAUCAACAUUACGUUGGAAACAGCAAACAUGAAUGAAAUGCUACCUAUAAGUAAUUUCAUUCUAUUUUCUUACU